AUGGCGACGUUAUCGAGCCUCGAUGUGAAUAAUACUACGCCUGCUGUUGUUACUUGGCGAUGGAGCAAUGAGACGCGUUUCUUGGUUGGGCCUGACCCUCAGAUCAGAGAUAUCACCAUCACAACUCGUUUCGACAGUCAAGAGACGUUGUUCGAUCUCAACAUCCCCAUCAGGCUCAAGGGCAUCAAGACGGGGACGUCCUUGAUCGUCAGAGUCCUUCCAUCGUCCAUAUCCUCCUUUGACUUCAUCGAGGCCCCUUCAGUUCCCGACGAGGUGCGCGACAAGUUCCACUCGAGUACCCUCCUUCUCGACUUCCGUUUGAACCAGCAACCCAAACUCCUCGUCUCUGUCGAGGCUGAAGAACCGUUAUCUCCCCUACGGACACAAUCGGGUGUUGUCCUCGAUGCCCUUCGUGAGCUUGCAAACGUCACCGUGUUCUCCGUCUACAUCACAAACUCAGCAACGUCCAAGGCGCAGCUCCGACAGAUCCGAAACGCGAUCAGCGAGGGCCUGUUCCUCUUCAUCCAAGAUGACCUCACCACCAUGUUUCGCGGCACGGGAGGCAAGGUCGUCACCCUCCCGCCUCCUACACAAUUACCCCCGCCAUCCUACGACGAAACAGAACCUCCACCGCCUCCCGCCCCGAUCUAUGACCGAAAGCGACCGCGAAAAGACGAUCGUGAAGAGCGAGACGACGACAUCGCGUUGAUCUGGGCGAAGCUGGAGAUGAUACAGACGCGGCAUAGCGAGGAGAUGUAUGCGCUCAGAGACGAGAACAAAGACCUCAAGCAGGAGAUCAAUGAUCUGCGCGAGCGAUUGAUCGAGUCUGAGAGGAAGCGUCAAGACUUGGAAGAGGAGUUUGGGUCCUUGGCGGGAUUGACGGCUGAGAGGGUUAAAGAGUUGGAGGAACAUACGGACGUUACGUUCUCGGAAGUCUGGCAGGACAUGGGGGAAUUGACCAGCGAGGUCGAGGCCAUGAAGCUGCGGAUUGACGAGGAUGAGUUGGUGAAUAAAGUCAAGUUCAGAGUUGUUGAUCACAUCACGGCGAGUCUAUCUCGCGACAUGCCGCCGGAUGAUUAA